UUGUUACAGAUGCCCUAAUGUAACAGACACAACAAAAGGUUCUUCUCAUCUAACUUGUUCUCCUGGAUUUAUGGCAGGAGCCCGUUGGCACAGAUGGAGGAGGAAAGGAGGGAGCAUGUAGCCAAGAUGAAGAAAAUGGAGAUGGAGAUGGAGCAAGUGUUUGAGAUGAAAGUCAAAGAAAAAGUUCAGAAACUGAAGGACUCUGAGGCCGAGCUGCAGCGACGCCAUGAGCAAAUGAAAAAGAAUUUGGAGGCACAACACAAAGAGUUAGAGGAAAAGCGUCGCCAGUUUGAGGACGAGAAAGCCAAUUGGGAAGCUCAGCAACGUAUUUUGGAACAACAGAAUUCUUCCAGAACCUUGGAAAAGAAUAAGAAGAAAGGGAAGAUAUUUUAAAUGCUUCAUUUUGACCACCAGUUCUGUAUUAGUUGCCAAUAUGCCAGCCUGGACAUCAGUGUUUGUUGGAUCCGUUUGACCAAUUUUGCACCAGUUGUAUCCAUCGUAAUGGAUUUAACAGCAUGACAAAUUCUUGUUAAUUUUGAUGGAGAAUGAGAUGCCUUGAAUUGUCUGGGGUGUUUGUUGUGUACUUGGAAAAAUAACAGCUCUAAGUACCUUUUUUUGUCUUUUGUUUUGUUUUUUUUUUUAAACAGAUGUCAUUUUAAUGCAGAAUUGUACAUUUUACUGUUGUACAAUCAUGUUCUGGUGGUUUGACAGUUUACAGGAUAUUAAAAACUGCAAGGACUCGAGACGGUUUUUAGUGAGGAUAAAUUGCCAUAAUACGAUGCAAACGAUGCUUCUCUACUAUUAUAAUACAAGAAUUCCAUUCAGUGCAGCAUAUACCAUAAUGUAAUUUAGUCUAACACAGUUGACCCUAUUUUUUGACACUUCCAUUGUUUAAAAGUACACAUGGAAAAACAAAAGUUGUAGGCUUACAGUGCACCUAAGCUUUUUAUAACAACCCUUUUAUGUUUUGGAUUCUUUAAAUAUAUGCUAUUCUCAUUUAGUAACUUCUUUAGCCAGAAGGAUCUCAUUACUGCUUCAUUUUUUGUAACAACAUUUAAUUUAGAUAUUUUUCCAUAUAUUGGCCCUCCUAAAUAGAAUAUAGCUUCUUUCAUAUGGUAGGAACCAGUGAGUAAAACUUUUCCUUUAACUCCCUUUUUACAUUUUAUGGUAAGUAGCAGGAAAACGCAUUUAUAGAUCAUUCCUAGGCAAAAUUGUGGAGUUAACUACCAACCUGUUUCUACCUGUGUGCAGUCUUUCUUUCUUUUACUAGAAAUGGGAAUAUGGCCUCAAGAAAAACAUCACCAUUUCGCAUUUAGCUGUAUUCAUAUACUGCAUUUCUGUAUUUUUGUUUGUAUUGUAAAAAGUCACAUAAUAAACAAUGUUGUGAUGUAUAA